GAGAUGCAGAGUGAAACGGGAUCCUAUUCCAUUCACAAUUAAUUCAUUUAUAUGUUGGAAUAUGCAUUACCAAAAUAUCAGGCAGGCGUUUCACACCUCAUAGCAGGUUAAUUAUUGUCUUGCGAUUCGACGCACAAAAGAGAUGGGCACUGGACGACGACUUUCAGCAAUUUCAGUCAACUCAAUCCUGCGAAAUCCAGGUUAUUGCGCCCGGUUCGUUGUAAUUGCAGUUGUUUUUAUCCAGCUGUGCGCAACGUUUAAUUUAGAAACAGAAAACCGGAUCGUCUACUCUGGACCUAAGGGAUCUUUUUUCGGUUAUUCCGUGGAUUUUUUCUACAAUAAUGCAUCUAGUUUCAGUAUUCUGAUUGGUGCUCCCAAAGCUAACACCAGCCAAACGAACAUCAUCGAAGGUGGAUCUGUGUACUUGUGUCCCUGGAGCCAGGACCAAUCGGAUUGCAGUGUUGUCAAUUUUGACAAUGAAGGGGAUCGCAGCUUCCACGUCAACGACGUCGACGUCCAGGUCGAGUUCAAGUCCCAUCAGUGGUUUGGGGCUACGGUGCGUUCCCAUGGCAACACUGUCCUGGCUUGUGCCCCAAGAUAUUACUGGAGAACGGAACACGAUGCCCCGUUCUCAGAUGCCACAGGAACCUGCUACCUCUCCGUGGACAACCUCAAGACAUUUGUGGAGUACGCCCCCUGUCGCACAGAGAGACAUGGUCCUGCAGGACAGGGCUACUGUCAGGGUGGGUUCAGUGCUGACUUCACCAAGGAUGGGAAGGUUGUUCUCGGAGGACCAGGAAGCUUUUACUGGCAAGGUCAACUAGUCUCAGCCACCACAGAGGAAAUUGUCAAGGCCUACUUCCCAUCCUACUUCCUGCUCUCUGUUACUGGGCAGAUCCAGACUCGGCAGGUGCAGGGGAGCUAUGACGACAGCUACCUCGGUUACUCUGUUGCCGGCGGGGAGUUCAGCGGAGAUGAUAUUGAAGACUUCAUCACCGGAGUUCCCAAAGGACUCAUGCUGCAUGGUUUAGUGUCAUUACUCAAUGGGACAGAUCUGAAAUCCAUGCUGAACCUAACUGGAGAACAGAUGGGUUCCUAUUUCGGCUACGCAGUGGCAGCCACCGACAUCAACAACGAUGGUCUGGAUGACCUGGUGGUGGGUGCUCCCAUGUUCAUGCAGAGGGGGUCUGACGGACUACGUUGGGAGGAGGUGGGCCGUGUCUAUGUGUACCUACAGCAGCGUCCCUUGUUGUUUGAGCCCAGCCUGCCCCCCUUGGGAGGGAGUCAGGCCUUCGGGAGGUUUGGAAGCUCCCUGGCCCCGCUGGGAGACCUCAACCAGGACGGCUUCAACGAUAUUGCAAUUGGCUGUCCCUUUGGAGGAGACGACCAACAGGGAUUGGUCCUCAUCUAUAACGGGCAUGCCAGUGGGCUGAAGGACACGCCCACUCAGGCUCUAGCUGGCCAAUGGGCCUCUGGCACCUUUCCUGCCAGUUUUGGCUAUGCCCUCCGCGGAGAGAAAGAUCUGGAUCAGAAUGGGUACCCAGAUCUCAUCGUAGGUGCUUUUGGGGCUGACAAGGCUGUUCUGUACAGGGCUCGGCCUAUUGUCAACGCCAGUGCUUCUCUUACUGUGCAACCUACCAUGAUCAACUCAGAGGAGAAGAGUUGUAUGGUGUCCAAUGGGAACAAGACUAUCUCUGUGUCUUGUGUCAACCUCAGUUUCUGCCUCUCGGCCAAUGGGAAGCACCUCCCUGCUGAUCUAGUUUUUAUGGUGGAGGUGCAGUUGGACCAUCUGGAGCAGAAACAGAGAGAGUCAUCAGUGAGGAGAACUCUGUUCCUAGAUAGCCAUCAGCCCAGCCUGCUGGAGACCAUCACCAUGGCCAACGGAGGACCAACGUGUCACGACACCCGCAUCUACCUGCGCAGUGAAGGGGAGUUUCGGGAUAAACUGUCCCCCAUUUACAUCACCCUCAACUUUAGCCUGGAUCCUCUCGCUCAACUGGACCUCCAUGGCCUAAAACCCAUUCUAAACUACCAGACAACACAUAUUAUAAAGCAGAAGGCCCAAAUUCAGCUGGACUGUGGGGAGGACAACAUCUGUGUUCCUGACCUCAAACUGGCUGUUUAUGGCGAUAGGACAGAGGUGUAUCUUGGCGACGAGAACUCCCUGACCCUGACCUUCAAUGCCAGGAACGAGGGAGAGGGCGGGGCCUACGAGGCAGAGCUUUACGUGGUACUGCCCGCGGAGGCUGACUACAGUGGUAUAGCCCGCAACAAUGCGAGUCUGACUCAGCUGACCUGUAGCUACGAGGCAGAGAAUCAGACCCGCUCUCUGGUCUGUGACCUGGGCAACCCUAUGAAGUCUGGAACAAGUUUGUGGGCAGGCCUCCGCUUCACUGUGCCUCGACUGAAGGACACUCACAAUACAGUACAGUUUGAGCUCCAGAUACGCAGUAAAAAUGAGAAUAAAUCCCAGAGUGAUGAUGAGCUCUUUCAUCUGGAGGUGACUGUGGUUGCUGAUGUUAUCCUACAGGGCGUUUCUCGUCCGGACAAGCUCCUCUUCCCUCCCCCGAACUGGAGGAUGAGCCACAGCCUACAAGAGGAGCAGGAUGUUGGGCCUGAGAUCCAGCAUGUGUACGAGUUGGUGAACAACGGGCCCAGUAUGAUCAGUCAGUCAGUGCUGGAGCUGCGCUGCCCUCUAAAAUCUCAGGGUCACGACCUUUUGUACCCUCUGGAGGUCAUCACUCAGGGACCACUCGACUGCAGCUCCAACCACACCCUCAAUGCACUGAAGCUCAAGCUCCAGCCUCCUACAACAGAGCAGCCACCCUCACCACUGACAGCCAGCCCUGAACACCACGUCCAGAGGAGAGAGGUCUACAGGGAUCCUCUGGAUGAACAAGGAAACCUGUCGUGUUCCACCGCUGAGUGCUGGAGGCUGCGCUGUCAUGUCGGGUUACUGGAGAGAGGAAGCAGUGUCAUUCUGACCGUCCGCUCACGCAUCUGGCCUGAGGCCUUCCUGGAGAGGGCAUACAAGCAGUAUGUGCUGGAGUGUUCUGUGGAGUACGGAGUCGAGAAGAUGCCCUAUUCCAUCGCUCCCAAACUCAAACCCAGUGGAUCCAAGAAGGUCCUGACUCCAGUGAUGUGGAACAAGCCAGACAGCCAGUACAUGGUACCACUGUGGAUCAUCAUUCUGGCCAUACUGGCUGGAUUGCUGCUGCUUGCCCUGGUCAUAUAUGUACUCUACAAGUUGGGCUUCUUCAAACGAUCCAAUCCUUAUGGUACGACCAUGGAGAAAGCUCAACUCAAACCACAGGCUUCUUCUGAGGCCUAAACGAUGGACCAUCCCAGACGUUGUUUUGAAUACUGGAAAGGCAUUGCGUAGGACUUAACUCUAAACAAACCACAGAAUACUCAUGUAUGAAAGGAAGUCCAUCCAUAGGAUGAGUACCACUGGGACCUCAAUGGCAUUCAGCCUUCUACUGCACUGAAAUGCUGAAGCAGGCAAACCCACAAUGAUAUGUCUGGCCUGCAUUAUAAUAGAGCUAUCCUGAAAACGGGCAAAUUUUGCGUACGGUUGCAUAGACAAUAAUGUCUUUAAAAUCCAGCUUUUUGCUUUUAUGUGGGGAAAUAUCCAUCAAAGUAGCAACCCUGGCUGAGGCAAUGGAGCCUUUAUUCAGUUGUUUGAGUCACCAAAUGUGUCUUUACCUAUGAGGUGAGAAUGUUGGGGAAGGUGUGCUAUUGAACGAUAACAGCCAAAGUCCUCUGAAUGCUAGGAGCACAAAUAGACUCAAAGUAUAUCAGUCAAUUUAACAUUUGUUUUCUCAAUGUUACAAAAACACAUUGAUGCUGUUUGCUACUCCAACUGGCCUUACUUUGUCCCAAAAUAGACCAUCCCUGACCCUGAUGGCAAGUUAACAUUGUCCACCGUCUGCAAACAGGUGUUACUACUACUAAUAGGUGCGUGUCGACCAUCAGUUAGUCAGGGUCAUUGCUCUGUUGUACAGCUGGCAGUAUAUCCCCAUAUCUGCCAACACAAGUGCGAUUUCAGAUGUUCUAAAGUGUAGUGCUGCCUCACAGCCACCAGUUUUACGAUUUUUUAUUUUUUUAUUUCACCUUUAUUUAACCAGGUAGGCUAGUUGAGAACAAGUUCUCAUUUGCAACUGCGACCUGGCCAAGAUAAAGCAUAGCAGUGUGAACAGACAACACAGAGUUACACAUGGAAUAAACAAUUAACAAGUCAAUAACACAGUAGAAAAAAAAUGGGCAGUCUAUAUACAAUGUGUGCAAAAGGCAUGAGGAGGUAGGCGAAUAAUACAAUUUUGCAGAUUAACACUGGGGUGAUAAAUGAUCAGAUGGUCAUGUACAGGUAGAGAUAUUGGUGUGCAAAAGAGCAGAAAAGUAAAUAAAUAAAUAAAAAAAACAGUAUAAAAACAGUAUGGGAAUGAGGUAGGUGAAAAUGGGUGGGCUAUUUACCAAUAGACUAUGUACAGCUGCAGCGAUCGGUUAGCUGCUCGGAUAGCUGAUGUUUGAAGUUGGUGAGGGAGAUAAAAGUCUCCAACUUCAGCGAUUUUUGCAGUUCGUUCCAGUCACAGGCAGCAGAGUACUGGAACGAAAGGCGGCCAAAUGAGGUGUUGGCUUUAGGGAUGAUCAGUGAGAUACACCUGCUGGAGCGUGUGCUACGGAUGGGUGUUGCCAUCGUGACCAGUGAACUGAGAUAAGGCGGAGCUUUACCUAGCAUGGACUUGUAGAUGACCUGGAGCCAGUGGGUCUGGCGACGAAUAUGUAGCGAGGGCCAGCCGACUAGAGCAUACAAGUCGCAGUGGUGGGUGGUAUAAGGUGCUUUGGUGACAAAACGGAUGGCACUAUGAUAGACUGCAUCCAGUUUGCUGAGUAGUGUUGGAAGCCAUUUUGUAGAUGACAUCGCCGAAAUCGAGGAUCGGUAGGAUAGUCAGUUUUACUAGGGUAAGCUUGGCGGCGUGAGUGAAGGAGGCUUUGUUGCGGAAUAGAAAGCCGACUCUUGAUUUGAUUUUCGAUUGGAGAUGUUUGAUGUGAGUCUGGAAGGAGAGUUUGCAGUCUAGCCAGACACCUAGGUACUUAUAGAUGUCCACAUAUUCAAGGUCGGAACCAUCCAGGGUGGUGAUGCUAGUCGGGCAUGCGGGUGCAGGCAGCGAUCGGUUGAAAAGCAUGCAUUUGGUUUUACUCGCGUUUAAGAGCAGUUGGAGGCCACGGAAGGAGUGCUGUAUGGCAUUGAAGCUCGUUUGGAGGUUAGAUAGCACAGUGUCCAAUGACGGGCCGAAAGUAUAUAGAAUGGUGUCGUCUGCGUAGAGGUGGAUCAGGGAAUCGCCCGCAGCAAGAGCAACAUCAUUGAUAUAUACAGAGAAAAGAGUCGGCCCGAGAAUUGAACCCUGUGGCACCCCCAUAGAGACUGCCAGAGGACCGGACAGCAUGCCCUCCGAUUUGACACACUGAACUCUGUCUGCAAAGUAAUUGGUGAACCAGGCAAGGCAGUCAUCCGAGAA